AUGUUCGCUUCUGCAGCACUUCUCGCCCUGGCUGGCACUGCGGCGGCGGGAUCCAUUCUCUGGGAUGGCCGCUUGAACGAUUACGAGACGGCUGCAUUUCUGGAUGACUGGUCCUGGUCGAAUCAAGUCGGUCCAUACCAAUACUACAUUCAUGGCAGCGGCGUCACCAGCGAAUAUGUGGACCUUGCCGAAAACUACAAAAACCCAGCCGAUUCCGGAUCGAAUCAAGGCAUUCAGAUCAGUACCGACAAGACAUCGUCCUGGAACGGACAGACGAUGCUCAGGACCGAGCUCAUACCACAGACUACUGCUGCCAUCAACAAGGGCAAAGUCUACUACCACUUCUCGGUACAACACAACCGAACGAACCCACCGACUCCCACCGAACAGCAUCAGGUAUGUUUCUUCGAGAGCCACUUCACCGAGCUGAAAUUCGGGGCAUCCGGCGGCUCGAGCAAUCUCUUGCAAUGGUAUGCCAAUAGCCAACCCCACUGGAAUGUCAAUUUCGAGGCUGGCGUCUGGCACAAUGUGGCAUACGGCAUCGACUUCGACGCCCAGACUGUUGAGUUCUAUCACUCGACCGGAGCCGAGGACCUCACUUUGACAGCUGGACCAAUAUCAGCGGCUACAUCUUCCAAUGGAGCCGAUUGGCACCUCGGGGUCCUUCGAUUGCCUUCAUCGACCGGUACGAGCGAAGCGGCGAGGGAGGACUGGCACUUUUCAGGCGUGUACAUUGAGAGUGGCGACAUCACAAAAUCGAUCGCAGGUACUGGUGGAAGCGGUGCUUCGGUAUCUGCUGUUGCUGCGAAGGCUGCAGUCACCACAACAACUGUGGAAACAGCCACACCCGCUCAGACGACCUUCACGGCUCCUACAACCUUGCUGACUCAAGUCAAAGCACAACAGAGUCUUGCGAAAGUGUACACAAGCCAGCCACAAUCUGAGACUACAACCAGCUGUAAAGAGGAAGAGGCCACCACUCAGAUUGCACUCAACCUUGCCCCGACUUUCAGUCCGACUGGAAGUAUUUCGUUGACGCAUACCGCUCCAACGACGUUGAGCACGUGGUACGCUGAGACAGCCAUUGCUUCAACGCUUUUUGACACUUCAUCUUCCCAAGCUAUGGCUUCGAACCCUGCACUGGUUUUCACUGCGACAGAUGCCAACGCUGAGCCAGUGGCUACGGAUUGCUAG